AUGGCCCAUCAGGCGGCGGCGGGCGGCAGCGACACGAGGCUGCGAACGUGUUCGUGGAUGUCCUGGCGUGGAAGACGAGCAAGGAGGGUGUGCGCGGCCACUUCGAGCGCUUCGGCGAGAUCCGCGAGGCCGUCAUCAUCGCCGACAAGGGCACCAGCAGAUCCAAUGGCGGCGGAUUCGUUACGUUCUGGGAGGCUGAGGCGCCAUUGGGGUUUGCUUGGGAACGUACAGUUAGGCCAACAUCAGAAGAUUCGUAGCCUUUUUGAGGAGAUGAAGGUGGAGAAUAUUAAGCCGGAUAACCUCACAUGCUGCCUUCUAAUGAUCAGCCGUGCGGCAUUGAACAAGAUAGAUGUUGGAGAAGUUUUAAAAGAAAUGCAAGAAAAUGAUGUAGUUCCAGGGUGGUCUGCAUAUAGCAUGGCUUCUAUCUACCUGAGUGCUGGUUUGGUUUAA